GCUCUCGAGCUGGAAAUGGACACCUCUUUUGGUUGACUAACCGCAGUCGCAGGAGCCUAAAUAAUUCCCAACGUGGUCAAUGUUCAACAAAGCUAAAAACGCAUCCCCACGCGCCGAACCGCUACCCGUGCGGGGAGCAUGUCUCUCGCAGACUACCAAUCACCUUACACCUGGUCGGCGAUAUCUUCAGCUUGUCGGCUCCACUCAUCACCGCUUGUGCACGCUUUCAAUUGCAUGUGUAGAUCCACGUUUCCGCCAAAACCAGGCAACCAUUACAAGCCAAAAGCAAUUUUGUAGGGUUUCUACAAGGCACCGUGCCAUGUGCACCAGCACUAUGCUGUGGCUCUGACGGGACUCCAUGGUUCGUUCUUUCUUAUCUCAUCGACCAGGGAACAACCCGACAGGGCAGUGAGUUGGCCGGACGUCACAACAUGAUUGAGUAACCCAAGUCAUAGCACACGGAUCCGCGCCGGAAUUCAAAGGUCGAGUACCACCGUAAACGUGCCGAGGAAUUAGACAACUAUGUACCUGAAGAAAGUAUAUAAGUGAAAGCCUAAUCACUCCUCGAACGAGGUCUGAACAUUCCAAAAACCUGAUACCGAGUCGCUAUACACAGUUCUCCCACCGGCUUCGUGUUAAACCCAUCGAAAUGGCUUCAUACAUGGAGGAGAGUAUGGUUCCAGGCACUGAAAGAGUGCAAGACGACGGCAACGCAAAAAAGGACUUGCUUCCUCGUCCAUCGUCCGAUCCAUCUGACCCUCUGAACUGGUCUAGAACAUGGAAGUUAACGGUCAUGGCUAGCCAGUGGCUCUUCACCUGGGUCACCGUCUCUGGCACUCUCUCCCUUGCACCCAUGUUUCCCCUACUGGGUCAGGAAUUUCGUCUUACCAACAACCAGCUGUCAAUGCUUACUGGAAUUACUGUCAUCACUCUCGGCUUUGUGAACUUUCUCAUCGUCCCGUUGAGCAACAUCUUCGGGCGUCGGGCCGUCAGUCUCGUUUUUGCCAUCUUUAUAGCUCUUACGUGCGUCUGGCAGGCUCUUGCAACAUCUCAUACCAGUUUCUUAACUGCCCGGGCGAUAUACGGUCUCGUGUGUGGUACGAGUGAGUCGAUUCCUGUUCAGAUGAUCGCGGAUGUAUUCUUCCUCCACGAGCGUGGUCUAUGGACGGGCGUCUACUUUACUGGCUACUUCCUUGGGGCCUUCCUUGGUCCAGUCAUGGCUGGCUCUAUCAGCGUCCAUCACGGUUGGCGAUCCUUCUGGUGGCUUGAGUUGGCCUUAUCGGUAUUCUCUGUAGUGCUGAUUGCUUUGACAUUUCCCGAGACAAAGUACCAUCGAAGUAACAGACACAUGAAUGGAGAUGAAACCCCAAGUACUCAGGAAGACACUGGUAUCCUAGAAGCAGCAGGCGAAAAACAUCCUGUGGAGCGCGACGACACGGAGUCAGCCAAUAGUGAAAGCCCACCAGUUGGUCGAGGACAUCCAUCCCGCAAGCAAUUCAUGCCCUUCCAGAAACCCGACUCGCGCUGGAAAAUGUUUAUUGUCCGCGACACGUGGACACCGAUAAAGGUCUUCUUCAACCCUAUUAUUUUCUGGGCAGGUCUCAUGCUUGCUGGUCCAGCAGAUCUCGUUCUCUUUUUCAACAUCACCGAGUCCGCUGUUCUGACCCCUCCACCUUACCUCUUUACACCCCCAGAGAUUGGAUACACGAACUUCGCAUUCGUGGUUGGUGCGUUAAUUGGUCUAGCCACCGCCGGUCCAUUUUCUGACUGGGUUGCGGCACGGGCUACGCGCAACAACAAUGGUAUACGAGAAGCUGAGAUGCGACUUCCCGCUCUCAUUCCAUACAUGGUACCCACCAUUCUUUCACUGAUACUCGGAGGUAUCGGCUACCAGCAGAAAUGGGCUUGGGGUCACAUCAUCGUCUGGGGCUAUGGUCUUGCCGGGCUAUCAGUCACCACCGUCCCCACGAUUGCCAUCGCAUAUGCCAUCGACUCCUACAAGCCCAUCUCUGGCGAAAUCAUGGUCGUAGCCACGGUGUGCAAGAACUUUAUUGGUUUUUCAUACAGCUAUUGGGUUUUCGAUCUCGGGUUGGCAAGCAAGGAUGGUUGGAUUACUCCAGCUAUGAUCAUUUUUGCUUGUGCCAUGGGUCCAGCUCUGUUCGCUAUUCCUUUGUACUAUGGACUAGGCAAGAAGAUCAGGUACUGGUUUAGAAAUUCGGAUGUACAUCGCAUGGAAGAGGUUAUUUGA